AUGGCAGAGAACGGUACAGCCAUAGAUGUUAAUGGUUUCUGCCAGAAUGGGUCUCUUAAACAGCAAACACCAUUGGAAAACAGCGAUGAAGCACCAGAAGCUAAAGACCGGUACCUCCGUUCACAAAGACUGCUGUUGGCAUUGGUUGGCCUCAUGGGAGGAGUGAUGCUGGAGUUCAACAGAGCAGGUCUUAGCAUGGCGAUCGUGUGCAUGGUCAACAACACCGACGUCAACACCGACGUCAACACCACAUCACCAGUUUCAGAGCAUGCGGAAUUCUUCUGGUCCAAGAGCGAGCAAGCAGGGAUCCUCAGCGCCUCCUUCUAUGGCUACAUGGUCACACAGAUUCCCGCUGGGAUUCUGGCUGGCAGAUAUGGCGGGAAGUACGUCAUGCUUAUCGGAAUGCUGAUUGGUUCAAUCUCCUCACUGCUUCUACCAAUCGGCGCCCGGACAUCCAUCUACUUGGUGUACGUGCUGCGUGUGAUACUGGGCGCUUCACAGGGCGUAUAUUUCCCUACAAUGCACUGUAUGUGGGGGAUCUGGGCGCCGCCACUAGAGAGGACCAAACUGUUAGCCAUCUGCUAUUCAGGAACAAAGAUUGGGAGCAUAGCAGCUUUCUCGUUAUCUGGAGUUCUCUGCGAGUACGGCUUUGACAAUGGCUGGCCUUCUCAGUUCUAUAUAUCAGGUUUCCACGACGCCAUGGGUGCCAAUGAUGACGUCAGCAGCCACCUUGGCAUGUUUGGUCGGGCAUGUCGGAUCAGAAACGGACUGCUCUCUGCCGUUCCAUAUGUGAGCCAGGGAGUUUCCUCUGUGGUGUCUGGUCAGCUGGCCGACUACUUGCGGUCAAGGAAAUACCUCAGCACUACGGCCACACGGAGGAUCUUCCAAACUAUCGGAUUUAUCGGGACAGGUGUGUGUGUUGUCUGUACUGGGUUCGUGGACGCUGACAACCGCUACGUGGCUGUGGCUCUCCUGACAUGUGCUAUGUGGUUCAUUGGUUUUGGAGCUGCCGGCUUUCUGAAAACCCAGGAGGAAUGGCAGAACGUCUUCUACGUGUGUGGGGGGUUCUGUCUCCUGGGAACUGUCGUGUUCGGUACCCAGGCCCGGGGGGAGGUGCAGCCCUGGGCCGUGGACCAGCUGGAGGUGGUCGUCGGGGAGGGACACGAGCAAGUCCCGACGGUGUCGAGUCGCGUUCUUGAGGUCAACAAUGACAACCUUGAAAUUCAGAUAGUCGAGAACGAUUAA